AUGGGCAGGUUUAAGUGCAAUAUUGAUGUGGCUUUUUCACAAAAUAAGGUUGGUUUGGGUGCUUGCAUUAGAGAUGAUACGGGUAAAUUCAUUGUAGCCCGGACAGAAUGGUUUACGCCUUGUACCGAUGUUGUUAUUGGAGAAGCUCUAGGUCUUUUGAAAGCUUUAAAUUGGGUCCAUAAUUUGGGGUACGACAAUAUGGAUUUUGAGUUAGAUGCCAAGCGAGUGGUGGAUAGUGUGACCAUUCCGAGACCAAAUGACUCGGAUCUUGGAGCUAUUAUUGGAGAAUGUAACCGGUUGAUGGCUCUUUUCUUUAGGAACUCUCAUGUUAAGUUCGUUAGAAGACAAGCUAAUGAGGUUGCUCGUGCUCUUACACGGGUGGCUCCAUCUCUUGCUAGUUUUCAUAAUUUCUUUGAUAUUCCAGCAUGUAUUUAG